AUGCGGAAGCGGAGGACGAGACUGAUAGGGAACAAAUUGCGAAAGCUGCCACAAUUCUCUGAAGGCGCCAAUUCAAAGAGUGCUGCUAAUGAUAGCGAUCUGAGACAACCGCUGCCAGUCACGACUCAGCAAAGUCCUUUGUCUACAAAUCACAGAAAACUGAGUCUGAAUCUCGCUACGGCUCAGUCCGAUGUGCCGGAGGAAAGGCCAAACGAAAGGAAGGAGCAGGUUUUGGUCUCCGAGAUUUGGAAGAAUCGACUCAAUGCUGUAGAAGAGAAUCCCUCCUCUUCUAUGGUAGGCAAGGCAGAAGGUACACCGGUGAUAAGACAAAAUAAGAUUUCCUUCCUUGACAAAUCAGAGGGGUGGAUGAGUAGAGGCAAACAGGAACGUCAGCAAAACCGGCGCAUCUCAUUGCGUGGGUUCAAAGGGAACUUUGGGCUUCAGAACAUGAAGACAGCAGCUACACUCUUCGUUGUGGCCAUCGUCUACAUUAUCGCGUUAAUCCCUGCCAUGCUAAUGGCUAUUGGCGUGAUUGGAAUGUACCUCCCGAUCUUCUACAUGUACUAUGUGAAUAAUGCGAUCAAUCCGAUCAUAUACUGCUUCAUGAAUCCAACCUUUCGAGAAGAUGUACAAAACUUUUUCACCGCGCGAUUCCGUAGUUUUCACAAGGUUCAUUGA